AACAGCGGUACGUGCAUGUAGUCCUCAGUUGGAGGACUUGUGCAUGCUUGAACUGUGGGCAGCUUUUUUUAUGCAUCGAAUUUCUCUCAUCAUAAAUCUUCAUUGACCAGCGGAACUAGUUCUCUUCCCUUCUUCUGCAACACUACCUUACGUGCAAUCGAGUUCGAUGUACAUGUGCUGAACCAUCAGUCACGUGACCAAAGUUUUGGAAUAUUUUUUUUCCUUUUUCUUUUUCAUCUUUCCUGUAUCAUCAGUGCUUUGGUUGACGUGGUUGACUGCAGACUGAUAACCAUCACACGGGACCUGGCACCGGUUAGAACCGCUGCACACCUGGCACACCUGGCAAGGAUCGUUUAAAAGCUGCUCACAGACACAAUAAUAGAAACAUCUGGAACGGCCCUACGCCCUCAGACAUGGAUGAGAUUAGGUCGAAGAAAGCACGACUCAGGUGGGACGUCAGGGCGUCUGAUUUUGCCAGGAACACCUUUAACCCGAUACGAAGCAUUGUGGACGGAAUGAAGCUGACACCGAAUCCCCGAAAACAAAUGAUUAGUCUCUCGCUUGGUGAUCCAACCGUCUUCGGAAACUUACCGAAUCCAGAAACAGCCGAAGAUGCCAUAAUCAGUGCAGUGAGAAGCAGAAAGUACAACGGCUAUGGUCCUUCUGUUGGUUAUGAAAAUGCCCGAGCAGCCGUGGCAAAGUAUGUUUCCACACCUUCAUCAGCAGUUGAAGCUAAAGAUGUAAUUUUAUGCAGUGGAUGCUCAGGAGCGCUUGAUCUCUGCAUAACUGCAUUGGCCAAUCCAGGACAGAACAUCCUUGUGCCUCGACCUGGUUUCUCCAUUUACAAAACACUUGCAGAAUCCCUGGGAGUGGUGAUCAGAACAUACGAUUUACUGCCAGAGAAAUCAUGGGAAGUGGACCUGCAGCACCUUGUUGAGUUGAUUGACUACAAUACUACGGCCAUCAUAGUCAACAACCCUUCUAACCCGUGUGGUUCAGUCUACAGCAAGGAACAUCUCCUGGCCAUAAUAGAUAUUGCUGCCAGAUACAAAGUUCCUAUCAUUGCAGAUGAAAUCUAUGAACACUUUGUCUUCGAGGGAUAUCAAUAUCACUCUCUUGCUUCUCUGUCUCAAGAGGUUCCUAUACUCUCUUGCGGAGGCCUGACUAAAAGGUUUCUUGUUCCUGGUUGGAGACUGGGGUGGAUUGUCAUUUAUGAUGUAAAUGACACCUUUGGAGAGGUGCGCAGUGCUUUGGUGAGUCUAUCUCAACGCAUUUUGGGGCCCAACACACUUGUGCAGGCAGCUUUACCAGACAUUCUUGAAAAGACUCCAGAAUCCUUUUAUCGUGACACCAUCCAGUACAUUCAGCAAAAUGCAGACCUGUUCUACAAACGUUUCAAGGAAAUUCCAGGACUGAACCCCAUUAUGCCACAAGGAGCCAUGUAUAUGAUGGUGGCUAUCAACAUGGCAAGAUUUCCUGAUUUUACAUCCGACAUUGACUUCACAGAAACUAUGGUGACAGAACAAAGUGUCUUCUGUCUCCCAGCAACAUGCUUCCAGUAUCCUGGGUAUUUCAGGGUAGUGCUAACGAUUCCGGCAGAAAAGAUUGAGGAGGCAUGUGAUCGCAUAGAAGAAUUCUGCAGGAAGUAUCAUCGCUUGCCAGUAGUGAAUGGAAAAUGAUCAAACUGAAGCGUGUUCUGAGAUUGGUUUGUGAAGAAGGGAUUACCUUCUUCAAAAAAGACAGUUUCCCACUGGUGAAAUCAACAAUGUCUCACAUACUGAAGGGGAAAAAAAAUGUAAGCCUGUGCUUUAUUUUUAACAUUCGUACUGCUGGCUUGAUUCAGCAGGGCACUUCAUUGUUUUUGGAGGACAAAGAAGCAGUGCUGAUCUCAUGCCAUCAGUCUAUCACCAUACAAGUCUGUUUGCAGGCAUAGCUUAAUUGUCCUUAUGCUAAAGCUUUGAUUAAGGAAUCACAUAUAUUCAUUCCUAAUCCACAAGGGGGGAAAAGUUUUUUUUCUGCUGCAAACAAAUCCAGAGCUCCAGAGCAUGCUUGAAAAUAAAUGGAUGUUUUUACUGAAAUUUUUCUCCCCUUCAAUCAUUUUGGUAAAAUGGCUUUGUCAGGAAUAGUACAAAUCAGCAAGAAGACAGUGAAAGGGGAAAACUGGGCAGCUUCAGUUAUCAACAGCACCACAGAAUAUUUCUGUUAACUUUGCGUGCAUCACUGUCAGCAGUCAGCCAAAAUUGAAACAAGCAUUUCUCACAACUUGCAUCUACCCAGACACUGAAUGAGAAACAAGAUUUACCAAUGGAAUCUCAGCCAAUUGAUGUGCAGAAUUAUGCUAUAUCGAGGGUUUACUGAUUGAGUGCCUCUUGGAAAAUACAAGGUUUACAAAACUUAUUUUUCCCCCUCUGGUUAACUGCAGUGAGCUCUUUCAUUGUGUAGUAAGACUUUAUGAACAUGACAAUAUAUAUUUGUUACAUAUAACCUGUCUGCAACCUGUUACAGUAAUACACAAAGACUAUUACUUGUUGAAAUCUACUUAGCAGGUGGAAUAUAUUUUUUUAGUACAAAGUUAUGACUGUAAAAAAGUUUUGUUGCCUUUUAAUUAUUUUACUCAUUAUUAUGACUGUAUCAAUGUUCCCAUUGUUUCAACAUUCAAAAACCCCUUUUGUUCAUUUUAUUUACCUUAGUAUAGUUUUACUUACAUCUGAAACAUUGCUUCCAAGGUAAAGUGAUUUAAAGCAAAAAAACUCUGUAAAUAUCCCUACAUAUGUACUUUUAAAACAAUCGAGGAUAAAAGUAACGAGAUUUUCAGUGUAUUUUUUCCUGACUUGUGCAUCACAUUCAUCCUUUUUAUGAUAACAAAGUAAGAAACUUUGUCGCUGUGUCACUCUUGAUGAAAGGAAAUGCUGAGCAAUUUUUCUGAGAUGUGUGAAGACGUAUAACACCACCAUAAGCCACUUUUUUUUUUUUCCUGGUACAGUUUCUGAUUAAGUGUUCUGCUCGCCUUCUUAUGUGCUCUUUACAGAAAUUUUCCUGCAUUUAGUCUAUGCCUUGAUUGUAUAAUAAAUACUUUUGCUGAAAUGGUGAGAACCAGACAGAACUACUGUGAAUUUUCCUUGUUAUUUUUCUUCAAAGUAAGGGCUCUUUUUUUUUUUUUUUUGGUUAAGCAUAAGAAAGUAGCAAAGGGUUGCUUCUUAAGGACAGGAACAGCCCAUCAUCUGAUACCUUGGCCUUUCAGGGCUUCAGAAGUAAAGGAACAAAUUUAAGCAUGCUAACACAAACCAAAACUAUUUCAUAAGUAAAACUACUGCUUCUCCUACUAUUGCAAGUUAAGGCAUAUUUUGAA